AUGAUGAUCCUACCGCGUUCCUACGUCCAGGCAAUUCCUCGCCGGACGAGGUCCAUGGAAUUCAGCGAAAAGACUUCCCACAAGACGACACGCUCACCAUCUGGCUCAACACGUACCAAGUCACCACGUAGUCCUUCUCUCUUCAGCUCUCGAGACUCGUCGCCAGCUAAAAGCGUGUCACAUGGUGUCCGGAUCAAAGUACAGAAACCAUCGCCCUCUCCAGCUUCUGACCAUGAAAAUGUACCCCAGAGACCACCGCCCACUCCACUCUCGGAGAAGGUGCUCUUAAGAAGGCGGCGUGAGUCUGCAACAGACAUAUUGUCAUCUACCGCGAUACCUAUAAGAAGAAAACCUAGGGGCCGGCCCUCUCAAAGAUUACCGAAGGGGGAUCACGUUGCCAACUUCAGCACCCUAAUUAUGGGAGAUGUCAAGCCGCAUUCCACCGGCUCACUACCCAAGUCGGCCAGCAACUCGAACCUCGAGGUCCUUUUCGGCAACAUGGAUGAGUUACUGGAAGAGGGUCAGAUGUAUGUGGGCAGCGAAGGCUUUGACUCUAGCGUUUUGAGCACGCGAUCCCUCUCGGACGACAGUGUCAUGUCAUUUCCGUCACCUGACAAUCUCGUUUCAGAUGACUGUCACAGUCAGCAUUCCGACGCUUCCACUUCAGUGCCAGAACGAAGAUUGCGUCAAAUUGCUCUGUCUGAGGACUGCUCGGAUGAUCACCCAUUAGCCUUGCCUAGCAAAGUGGACGACCCUGUGGACUAUCCAGAAGCGCCUGUGUCACCUCCGGCAAGAUCGCCCCUGGCUCGAGAUCGUUCAACAAAGAAACCUCGUACUUCUUUAAGGUCAGGCCUGUCUGCUUCGCUAAAAGCCCUGAAGUCUGCCGCUCAGUCUGUAUCGAACAGAUCCUCAAGCGACGCAGCAACUGUGCACGCUCCAACCCUUUUUGAUUUUCAUCCUGCCUUGACCGACGACAGAAGACCACCUCCAUCCCUUGACGAACCAGGUCCAGAGCUUCGACGUUAUCUCAACCCUCCGCCUCUCGAUUCAGCCGCUCAGCUAAAUACCUGGCAGGACCAUCGCCACUCAAACUUCGACAACCCCCCUUCGCGGACCGAGCCUCGUCGACGAUCACCGCGUGGCAAGAAAACACGAGGCGGCAGGAGCCCAAGUCCACCCGGCACCAACCCUCGAAUCCACGACCUCCCAGCCGUCGUCCAACUCGCAGACUGCCUACCCCCAUCCGUACGCACAGAACAUGCCUCCAGCCCCCCAAUCUGGCUCACCCAAGACGGCACACCAGUCAACAAAAGCACCGCAAUCUCACUUCUCUACGAUCCAAAUGCGAACGAAGGAAAGGGCGAACCAGCAGGCUUACGGCACAGAGAACCCCGCGAAAAUAGAGAUUUCUUACGCGUCUUUGUAUGCGAAAUGCAAAUGAGGCGAAACGGGAAACUAUCCGAUGAUCUGGGCGUUGGACGGGCGAGGUUAUGGUUACCUCCAGCUAACAAUGACCGGAACCCUGAACCAGCGGCCAAACGGGAUGGUGACGAGGUAGCCGUGGCAGAACCAGGAAGAGUGCGGCAGAAGAAAUCGGCGAAAGAGCGGAUGAUCUGUUUGAACAUGGACGAUUUAUGA